AUGAUCCACUUCGCAAGUUAUAUCGAUAGACAGAAAGCUGGACCAGGAAGUUCUGAAAAAUCUCAGAAAGUUCACUCUGCCAACUGGAAGGAAGAGAUUCAGCUUAAGAAAGAGCUGGACUGUUUGGAUAAACAAGAACAACAAAGGGUUUCGAGGAUCUCAUCCGAUCAACGACUUGUUGUUCACCGAUUUCAACGCAAGCUCUCUGCAAGUGUGGACAUUGCGAAAAAUCACGACAAAGUAAAGGAGAGUUUAGAUGGCAAUCACAGGCGAGCGAAAGAGUUGAGAGAAAGGCAAGGUAGAAAUCCUGACGACAACGAAGCAAGGAUGUCUCUCAGACAGUUCCGUUGUUUAAGUGCGAGUCCGAAACCUCCAUUGCCAAAAUUCAGAAGAGCAAAAUCAUGCGAACCACCCCAAGAGAGCAGAGGGGUAUUCUACAGCGAUAGUUACACGGCUAAUGCAUGGUUAGACAUGCCCCCAAGACCUAUGACCGCUUUGGAGAAAAGGAACAGAAUGUGGGAAAGACAACUUAAGACAGUGACUCAAAGAUUAAAUCGCGCUCGCAGUGCGCCAGCUAGAACGUCUUACUACAAAGUUCCCGAGUUUAGCUCACUGCAAAGCAAUGUUCGUGGUGAUGUUCGCGAUAAACAAAUUAGCCAAAAACAGCGCCGUAGAGCUCCGACAAAUGUAGAGAUAGAUUUGGAGUAUUUUCGUCGCGUGAGAGAAAAAGAGCUUCAUUUUCAGCGUCAAGCCGUUAAUACUUUUCUAAAGAGUAUUGAGCCGCUAGAGUUGAUUCCUUGGACACCAGGCUAUGAAUCUGCAGAUAAUAACAACGAAGGAGAGAAUAAGAUAGUUUUGUCGACACUUGCGACGAGCAAACAAGAUUUGAACGGCAACGAAAGUCGUCAAAGAACUCGCUCAGUUAGUUCAGCACAAAACACAGGAGAUCUUGCGCGCUUGGGAAGACAAGAGAGCUUGAUAAGUGGUAGUGCUAAUGUAAUUAACAAAAAAAUACCGGUGAAUGCCUGGACAUAA